AUGCAAAUGCGGUCGUCUUGCAUCAUCAGUGCGCUGCUGCGCACAUUAAUCGCGCAUUACUCAUCCUCGCCCACCUACACCGCAGCACGCCUCUACACCUCCAACUUUGGCAAGGCUAAAGCAGACGCCGAUCUACUGGACGCCGAGCAACCCUCUGUCGAUUCGAACGUGGCGUCAGUGUGGCCGUUAUCUUCCACCACCCCGUCGCAGCCGUCGCAGCGAUACAGACGGCGCUCUUCUGACCCGCAAACACCGCGGGAAAGGGCCGACUUUCGGCGCGACCACAAGUACGCAAAGCAUCGCCCCCUCCCAGAUGCUCCGUGGCGGCAGCUGAAGACGAAAACGUAUCUCGACGACGCGGAACGUCUAUAUGGCCGCAAAGAGACUUGGCACACCGUUGAGGACGCUGCUCUUCGGGAAAAGCUGGUUGCAAUUCUGCAGGAUUAUCUGCGUGACACCCUUGCAGCUGCGCGCCUGGAGUCCAAGGACGCCCGCAAGUACGCCUUUCUCUGCUCUACUGCAGCGAGACACUACCGCGCUCACGUAUCUUCCGGGGCCUUUGGCCUUCCAGAAGGCUUGCAGGAGUGGGCACGGAAGGUGCUAGCCAGGCGUGCCUCCACCACCACCACAAAAUCAUCCACUGCACUGUCGACGUCUCUUGACGUGCAAGAAGGUGACGCAGAUGCGGACGAGAAAUUGCGAGAAACUGGCGUCGCUUCCACACCGUGGCAUGCAGCGGCGGCAGACAAACACCACGGCAACUCUGCUUCUUCCUUCCACUCCGAGGAGGAAAAUGCUGCUGCCCAGUUUCGUGAGGCGCGUCAGCGUCGCGGUGCCGAGGCAAACCUAGCACACACCGUUGCCACGGCAGACUUGCCAGAUGCUGACAGUCGGCAUUCGCCCCACUCUGCCUUUCCUUUUCUCCGGCAGCGCGCGCUGGAGAACGAAGCCACGCUUGAUCCGUCCUUGGUGGACUGGACGGCCAAGUACUUCGCUGAGGAUGAUGCUAGAACGUUCGCAGAGCCGCCACGGCUUCGUGCGGGCAUGGUGCAGAGCGAGGAAGGUAGUGUGUCCGAUUAUGAGGCAACCGAAGACGGCCCUAAGGAGAGAGGCACCUCGCCUCUUGGGAUACUUGGUGCCACCAAAGACAGGGGACCAUCAGACUUUGCGCCGCCGGCGUCAACUGUGGCUCACCGCCCUGUCUCUCUGCACGCCCGGCACCGUCUGCAGCGCACCUUGCGUGACCACGAGAACCGUCAUCGCGCCACCUUCGACGCUGAGGGUAUCUACUACAAGGUUCGCCGACAAAGUGACGUAGAGGAGUGUGCGCCGAAGCCGCAGCAGGUGAAAGCCUCUGACCUGGAGGCGCCCGGCAGGCGGCCAGAUGUGGUGAAGGUGCCGUGGAGCGUGGCAGCCAAAGCGAAGGCACAGGGAUACUCGAGUGACACGCUACGGGCGAAGGAGCGACUGAUUCGACUCACCCGUGGUGAAGACCCCGAAACAAUUCCAUAG